CAGCGCUCUGCCGCUGCGAGAGGAGGACCAGAAAUCUGCAGCUCACGGAGUGAAGAGAUCAAAAUGAUGCUGCCUGUAAAAAGGGAUUAAACUCUGGGCGCCACCUUGCUCGGAUCGGCUGCUGGUGGAUAACAUAGAUUUGCCACCGGGGGUUGAGAAAGGAGACAUGCCGUCGCUGAGCAUCCGUUGCGACGCCUGAGUGACCAUGAUGAAGACAGAAUCCACCUCCAAGAGCACCGGCUCUGGCUCAACGCUCAGGAGCCCAUCCCCGCACAGGAACGCAUACGAAGCGGGGAUGCAGGCCCUGAAGCCCGCCAAAGACAAUGCUGCCAACGGGGACAUGCAGGAUUGCCCCCGAGGGCGCAGGUACGGCUCCAACGUUCACCGUAUCAAAAACAUGUUCCAGCAGAUGACGACCACUUCCCCAGCCGAUGCAGAGGGAGAAGGAGAAGGAGAAGGAGAGGGAGAGGGAGAGGGAGAGGGAGAGGAGUGCGUCAGGACCGCCGACACAUCGGUGCGCCUCUCCCUCCCCAGAGCCGGGAGCCUGAACGAGAACGUGGACCACAGCGCGCUGCUGAAGCUCGGGUCCACCGUGUCUGAACGCGUUAGCAAGUUCGACAUCACGAAACCGGAGAAUGGGCACCCCAGGGCCUCAUCACCCAGCUACUCCAAGCUGCAGGAGACCCGCCGCAUCUUCGAGCAGCAGCUUGAGAGGCAGAUGCAGGAGAAGCUGCUGCAGCAGGAGAACCAGCAGGAGCAGGAGAACCAGCAGGAGCAGGAGAACCAGCAGGAGCAGGAGAACCAGCAGCAGCAGGAGAUCCAGCAGCAGCAGGAGAUCCAGCAGCAGCAGGAGAUCCAGCAGCAGCCAGAGAAGCUGGCCACCACCAGGGUCCUGCUGAAACCAGAAAAGCCCCCAGGCUACCAGGAAAGCAGGUUGGAACUGAUGGCUCGUUUCAACGGCAGCACAGAGUCCCUGGACAGCCUGGACUGCAGCGAGGCUGUGUCCCCGACAGUCAGCCAGCUCAGUGCAGUGUUUGAACGGGCAGCCGAGCUCCGAAACAACCUCCACCGCCUCUCAUCUACCCCACCACUCCCUUCCAGGGGGGUCAGCGCCAAGGUGGGUGUGUUGAACUCCAAAAUAAUCACAAAGAGGGUUUGUGCCUUUGCAGCAGGCAGCAAGGAGGAAGAUGCAAGCAAUCAAAUGGGCCAAGAGGGGCCUCAAAGGGGAACCAGGGGGAGGGCGACGCCUCCAUCUGAUAGCAUUAAUGGGGGUCAAAGCACACAAAACACUGAACUUUACAGUACUGUAGGAGAGCAACAUGAGAAGAGAGAAAAGACAGUUUCAGAUGCAGGGGUUGAGGUCAAAUCUGUGGAACACUAUGGGGCCAAUAAGGGGUCUAACAGCACAACACUGCAAGGUGACAUCCACAUCUCUGUGGAGAACGGAGACACCACUGCUGAGAAGCUUCGCUCUGGAAAGGGGGGUGAGACGGAGGAGGAAGACAGGACACUGGACCAGUCGGGGCGUGAUUCUGUGGAUAUCAGUACCUACAGCGCGGUGGGGGAGGACUUUGGAGGAAGCCAGGUGGAUGAGGAGGAAGAGGAGGAAGAUGAUUCCUACGAGCCAGAGUCCAGCUGUGCAGAGAUUAAUGGGCUGCCUGCGGAGGAGGACCCGCCCCCUUCAAGGAAGAUCCGCUUUAGCAUUGAGCCCAUCAAGGUUUUUGCCACUUACCCCAAUGAGGACUACGACAGGCGUAAUGAAGAUGUUGAUCCCAUGGCAGCGUCUGCAGAGUACGAGCUGGAGAAGAGGGUGGAGAGGCUGGACCUGUUCCCCGCAGAGCUGGAGAAAGAUGGUGAGGGUCUGGGCAUCAGUAUCAUCGGGAUGGGUGCAGGGGCUGACAUGGGCCUGGAGAAGCUGGGCAUCUUUGUGAAGACAGUCACGGAUGGAGGAGCAGCACAGAAGGACGGCAGGAUCCUGGUGAACGAUCUGAUUGUGGAGGUGGACGGGACCAGUUUGGUGGGAGUCACCCAGAACUUUGCCGCCUCCGUACUCAGGAACACCUCAGGAACCGUCAAGUUUGUGAUUGGUCGAGAGAAGCCGGGGGAGCAGAGCGAGGUGGCGCAGCUCAUCCAGCAGACCCUGGAGCAGGAGCGCUGGCAGAGGGAGGUGAUGGAGCAGCGCUACAACCAGUACAUGGACGACCAGGAGGGCGGAGAAUACGGCACAGACGAGGAAGAGGACGAGGAUGAGGAGGUGAGCCCGCCGUAUCCCAGCGCCAUCGAGGUGUUCGACCUGGCAGAGAACGAGGACAUGUCGCCCCUGGAGACGGACCCUGAGAAACUAGCACAUAAAUACAAAGAGCUCCAAAUAAAGCAUGCGGUGACCCAGGCCGAGAUCCAGCAGCUGAAAAGAAAGCUGCAUCACGCGGAGCAGGACAAGCAGCGCUGGCGGAUGGACAAGGCCCAGCUGGAGCAGACGCUGCAGGAGAACAAGGAGCGCAUGGACAAGCUGGAGGGAUACUGGAUGGAGGCGCAGAGCCUGUGCCAGGCGGUGGACGAGCACCUGAAGGAGACGCAGGCGCAGUAUCAGGCUCUGGAGCGCAAGUACAGCAAAGCCAAGCGUCUGAUCAAGGAGUAUCAGCAGAAGGAGAUCGAGUACCUGAAGAAGGAGACGCAGCGCUGUGCACAGGAUGGAGCCGAGGCCUCGCUACUGAAGGAGGAGUCCGGACAGCUUCAGGAGCAGGUGGCUGACCUGGAGUGCCGGGUGGAGGAGCUGAAAUCUGAACCUUUAUAAAAGCCUUUCGUCCGUUACCUCUCAGAAAGCAGAACUCCACCAGAGGAAGGAGAGAGAGAGAGAGAGAGAGUUAUUGUUCUCUCAAUGACCUGCAGGGUAUUUUCUCGUCACCACCUCGAGCUUGGUUUCCGGUCGCAUACUGUAUAUAUGUGUCCUCAGGCUUCUGCCACUUAACCCUUUUUAACCAUGUUUUUCUGUUUUAUGGGAACUGAAGAACAGCUUUAUCAUCACAAAUACAGACUCUGUUGAGCUCUAGGUGUACUGUUCCCUUUUCAUUUCCGCAGUUCAGUAUUUAAUCCAUAAUUUGUGGUUUUGUGACAGACCAAGCUGUUGCUUUUGAUUGCCAAAAAACAAAAUCCCUUUCUUUCUUUCGCCUAGUUUUGUGACCUUUUUUUUGUACAGAUGUGAUACUGUGUGGUUUUAACAAUCAGUUUGGUUUGUAAAAAAUUCAAAUAUGUGUAUAACAUUUUAACAUAAUAUAAACUAAUGAGAUUUGAGGGUUGUUGUAUAUUUUACAUGAUGAUGUGUAAAUUGGAGAUUGCACUGAAGGACACUUCAACAAGGUGCUUCACUGGAGCAGAGGGACAACGCGGGAACAAUGUUUUGAGGUGUCUUUGGAAUUGUACAAACUGUAAACCCAACCUUCGUAGGGGUCUUGUCGUCACUUAACCUUGAGAACCACCUGCUGCCUACCUUUCAGAAGUGUUUGUGUAUUUUUUUACACAUUAAGACUCAGUAAUGAGCGUUCAAUCCUCCGGUUUCAACCCCUUGCUUCUUUCAGAAAAAAAGGACCACAGAAACAAGCCUCCACAACUGCUGUGCCACAAAAUGGAUCUCUUUGUCCCUUAAAAAUGGAUGUUGUCAAAGAACUUGUGUAACUGGUAUUAGUUAGGACUACUGAUAUAAUAAACUAUACUGGACUGGGAUGUUAAAGAAGUCGUUACCAGCAGCAAAGUUAGAUUUAAAUAGCUUGUGUCUCGAACCAGCAGCUGCACUUGACACCGCUGUGUGUAGCACAUGGAAAACACUGCCAGGUUAAUCCCUGUUUUCAAUUUACGCACAGUUUAAAAUUGAGUCUACUUGUGUUGACUGUCAUACCAGUAUGUUUGUAUAGUUCAGGUAAGACUGAAGUAUUUUAAUUUUACUUAAUAUUUAUAAUAUAAUCAAGUGGGAAAUACGAGCUAACAAGGACAGAAACUGACAAAGGCAAUGUUCAAUGGACAGUCAAACUGUGCCAUUAAAAACAUGUAGAUCUGGAUGACUACAGAAACAAAUUUAAAGAUUAUUGAAUUGAAAAAAAAAACAGGCAUGUUAUGAGGAUUUUCAUAAUAUUAAGGCUUGUACAGUGCACAUGCUUUGCAUUGUAUGUUUUGUGGAAUAAAUGGUCAAAAGUGA